GUGUCGGCAGCUAUCAGCUGAGCGGAGUUCACGUAGGAGGUGGUGGCAGCAGCAGGUGACAGGGUGGUGCAUGCCACCGAGCUGAACGGUCCAGACGGGAAUGGAGAGGCAAAGCAAAUGUGUGGUUGUAACUGGGUUUGGUCCAUUUGGGGAGCAUGCUGUAAAUGCAAGCUGGGUGGCCGUACAGGAACUGGAAAAGUUAGGCCUUGGUGACAGGGUCGAUCUACAUGUCUACGAAGUUCCAGUUGAAUAUCAAACUGUGCAAAGGUUAAUCCCAGAUUUAUGGAUAAAGUACAAACCUCAGCUCAUAGUACAUGUUGGAGUUUCUGGAAUGGCCACAGCUAUAACACUGGAAAAGUGUGGCCACAACAAAGGUUAUCUAGGUCUGGACAACCGCCAGUUUUGCCCAGAUACACAGUGCUGUGUGGAAGGAGGCCCCGAAUGCUUGCAGUCUUCUAUUGACAUGGAUGUUGUUUUCAAGAGAGCGUCAGCGGCUGGGCUAGAUGUUCAGUUUACAGUGUCUACAGAUGCGGGCAGGUAUCUGUGUGACUUCACUUACUAUACUUCUCUGUAUGAAAGCCAUGGGAAAUCUGUGUUCAUCCAUGUGCCUCCUUUAGGGAAGCCAUACACAGCAGCACAGCUGGGAAGAGCACUGCAGACCAUCCUACAAGUGAUCCUGGACAUGGUGGAGCAAUCCGAAGACCAGAUCAACUGCGAUCACUGACAAUGAGAAAGAUUAUCUGUUUAUCUCAUCAUUUCUGUAUAUGAGGAGUGUAACUCUGCCAUGUGUUUUUUUUUUUUGUUUUUUUUUUUUUCUGACUAAGAUUAUUUUGUCCUAUCUGAAUGAUUGUGAAUUUGCGAGUGCGCCAUGUCCACUGUCCUUGCCAAAUGUGAUUAAUGUUGUUUGAAGCUCAUAUAAUGAGGAGUGAAGGGACUAUAGGAGUGGAAAUGAUAGUGUAUUUUAUUAUAUUAGGACAAUGUGUCUAGCGGAUUUUUAAAAAUUGUUAUUCAAUAAAUUAGAAGUUUUAAUGGGAAUAAAAGAGGGAGUAGGAAGUUAGUAUCAUCAUUUCAUAUGGUGUCCAGUUAUUACCAUGGGGUUAUGCAGUAUAAUUACGUUCAGGGUCUUUAUAUUUCAGUUGAAUAACCUACAUGAAUCCAUUACCCGAAAAUAGUAUUACUUAGAGGACCUGUCACUAUUAAAUGCAGUACAGUAUACAGGCAGCAUGUUCUAGAGCAGAUUGAUCUAAUUUAAAUUACAAGUUUUACUGAAAAUGUUCCCAUAACACUAUAAAUCAAUCUGCU